AUGAAAUUAAUUCUUUUGUUAUUCUUCUUGAAUAAUGUCUGCGGAUCAAUAUUGGACGUCUUCCGAAGCAUUGGCAUCGAAUAUGAAGUCUACGGAGAAGGAAGACUAAUUCCAGAAAAGCAGCACUGCAAACCAUAUACCCUUGACAUGAACGAAUUUGUCAACAGUUUGAAUACGAACGAGAUGAGCGAAUAUGGACGCGAAAUUCUUAAGAGUCGAAUCUACUCAAGCUUCAAGACAAUUUGCGAAAGUUUUAAUAUCACGACGGAUUCAAAAGGAGCUCCUGCUACACUCACAACAGUUCCCUCGAAGAUCCACAUGAGAUUCAUGGAUCGUUUCGAGUUGGCAUGGAAUACGCUCAAGUUUGAAAGAGAUCUGAAGUCGUUGUUCCUUGAGAAUAAAAUAAACAACCCAUUCCUCGAUGGUAUUAGUAAGGAAACGAUUGCCGCGUCCGGAUCAACUGAUGUUCUUGACUUUGCUCAUCGAACAACCGUUUUCCCGAAGAAGUGCAAUGUUGAGCAAAUGACAGUUGAGACGAAUAUUUGCUUCAACAUCUCCGAAAUUCCGCAGUCAGGAAUGGUCUACGCUCUUGCUCAUGCCGGCGAAUUCCUUCACAACGAAGACGUGUAUGCCUAUUACGAAAUUCCGGAAUUCGUUCUUAUCACUCCACAAUCGGUCAUCCCAGUUGAUCUUGCCAAGUGCAAAGUCUUGUUCGGCACCUACAUCUACUGUUUCGAAGAACUCGACACCCAAUGUGAUGUUCGUUCUCUUUCCGACUGUCCGAUUUACGCGUACAAAUCAGACGAGGAAUUUGUCCUUCGCCGCAACUUCGGAACAGCCCACAUAUACGCGACUACGGAAACUGAGCUCGAUUUGAUGCAAAAUGGAACGAAGAUGGAUGUUCCAGGACGAAUUUUUACCGUCCGCAUGAGUUUUGGAGUCAAAGACGAUUCAGAUGUCGAUAUUGGGAUCACACCUCAUAUGGAUGUGGAAAAAUCACAAUUUGCUCCACUACUUCCAGAAUCACUUGCAGUUCUCAAAAGAGAUAAGAAAACACGGCUUUUCAUGACCCAAAAGAGAGGAACGAAUAUGCUUAGUCAUAAGCAUUACGAUCAGGGCGCCUGGGAUGCGGUUCGAAGUUUCUUCGACCGCUUCAUCUAA